CUGGAUCUCUUCACAGCUUCUCCAUUGAGGCAUGCCAGUUACUCCAACUACCAGGAGAUCCAUCCUUAUACCGGGAUGGCGUACGUCGUUUGUUUUUUCAAGCAACAAACCAGUGCAUCGGUUAGAUACUGAAAUGAUUUUUUACCAACCAUCUAUUCAAACAGCUCGGCAACCAUGGGCCCAUAUGGAUCUACGAUAUGACCAACAUGCCCAGCAACAACAAUAACAACAAUGAUGAACCCGCCUACAGCGCAUCUGCACCGGCAUCUCCGAUACCGACUAUUCUCCUCCACGGCGGCUCCCUCCUCAGCCCCAUCAAGAGAAUACAAGGAGACUGGGCUGGUGACCCCGUCCUCGUACCCCGGGUCUCGGGCUCUUUCAACGCGCGCGUGGCGCAGGUGGUCAUGUCCGGGCUUUUCAUCCUAGGUAAUAAGGGUCGAUUGAUGAAGAGAGGUCGGAUCGGUUGCUUUUGGGAGGUCGGUGCCAGAGUGGAAUGCCACGUUGGGGUUUGUGAGGGGGAGUGUGGGCGGUGCGAAGUCUAGGGCUGCACGGGUUUCGGGUUUGGGGGAGGUUGGGAGGUUGUUGUGGGCUUUGGGGUUGGAUGUUCUUUUGAUUAAGGGGUAAGUGGGUAUUGUAAUUGUUGAUGAGCGAUGAUUGGAAUUAUGUUGUUAUAUCUAUAUGGUUUCGAUUAAAUAUCGGAUACACGAUUUUGCAGUUAUCAUGGUCGAAAGACAACGAAGUAUAUAUCAAAUGAGUCCCACGAAUGAAAUAGGGGUCCGGGUGCG